CGGUUCCCGUCAUUCGGUUACUUUACAGAUUCGGACCCACCGAGAAUCAGAAUCCUAACAGGACUCUUCAAAAACGCCGCCGUUUUGGGCAUUCACUCUCCUUGUUCUUCUUCCUCUUUUUAAGUUCUCCGUUACUUCGUUCCAGACUCUGAAACUCAAAGAGGAAACUUUUAUUAUACGAAACGAUGUGUUUGAUUGCAGAAGAAGAAGAAGACCACCAGAAUGACGGAGUUUUGGUUCCACCGACAAAUUUCUCAAUGGUUGAAGACGCCAUUUACAGAUCCGGGUUCCCCCGACCCGAAAAUUUCGGAUUCUUAAAAACCCUAAAUCUUCGAUCCAUUAUAUAUUUGUGUCCGGAGCCCUACCCUGAAGAGAAUCUGAAGUUUCUUGGGGCUCAGAAUAUUAAACUCUUUCAGUUUGGAAUUGAAGGCAAAACGGAUCCCCCUGUAUCUGUUCCUGGGGAUACCAUCAUGGCUGCUUUGAAAAUUUUAAUUGAUGUGAGAAAUCAUCCAGUUUUGAUACAUUGUAACCGUGGAAAGCAUCGGACGGGUUGCCUUGUUGGUUGCUUGAGAAAACUACAAAACUGGGUCCUGUCUUCUGUCUUUGAGGAGUACCAACUUUUUGCUGGUGUGAAAUCCAGGACCACAGAUCUUAGGUUCAUCAAGACAUUUGACAUCAAGAGCCUGAGGCAGUGCCUUCACAGCAUUAUCUACCAGUACCAAGGUUAUGGCUUGAAAAAGAGGCGGUUACUUCACUGGGAAGAAAAUUUAUCGAAACCACAAGUCACUUCACUAUAGCUAGCUUAUUAUCAGCAAGAAGCUUUCAACAACCUUACAGUUUUUAGUUUUCCAUUUUUCACACACUCUUUGUUACAUAAUCGAUCAAUAUGGUUACCAGCUUUUAGUUUUUUAGGUUGCCUUUUUACAGCUUUGAAAAGGUUAAAAGAGAGAGAGAGAGAAUUCUGUCAUUUUUAACAUUGUUUCAUAACUUUCAUUGUUUAAAGUCUCAAAUCUUCUGUGUAGUUUGGCUAUACCAUAUAUAAAAGGGAAAUAGUGUUUUUGGUAAUUAAAAGAGAAAAAGUUAUAACAUUA